AACAGCGGGGAGAAUAACAGUUCGCUAACCGUGUAAAAAAAGAGGACUCAUAUUGAGUUUGAGAUUCUUUUGUACCUUUUUGCUACACAUAUAAUCCCGGGUAACAUGCUUCUUUUUUGUCCAACCUGCGGGAAUGUUUUAAUUGUCGAGGAAGGACAGAAGUGCAUGAGAUUCGCCUGCAAUACCUGUCCGUAUGUACACAACAUCACGAGAAAGGUUAAUGACAGAAAGUUUCCCAAGAUGAAAGAGGUGGACGAUGUUCUCGGUGGAGCUGCAGCUUGGGAAAACGUUGACUCUACUCCGGAAACCUGUCCCAAGUGUGGCCAUCUGCGGGCGUAUUUCAUGCAGAUUCAGACGCGAUCAGCUGAUGAACCGAUGACCACUUUCUACAAAUGUUGCAAUGCCCAGUGUGGAAACCUGUGGAGAGACUAAACCGUUGCACUUUGGAAAUCGUAAUGGCGUUAAUGCUAAUGUUGCAAGAGUUACUUCUUUUUUUUCAUACUGUGUCCUCUUUCUGAAUGUUUCCAGUUUGUGCAGUUUUCAUUUCACUUUUCAUUUUGUUUGCAGAUCAUACUUUGACACACACAAUAUUCACUUUGCACUCAGUUUAUUUUCCAAAUAAUAAUUUCAAGGAAGCAU